GCCGGCGCGGAGAGGCGCGGAGAGGCGCGGAUCGGCGCCGGCUGCCGCGGCGAACAAAGGGCGGCCGCUCCGCGUUCAGCGGAGCCGAACCGAACCGGGCCGGGGGCGGCGGUGGCGCCCUCCCUUUGUCCGCGCCGCCUCGGGGUGCCCUCCAUUCCCUUCCCCCCCUCCAUUUAUUUAUUUAUUCAUUCUUCUUCUUUCAACCCCCGCUCCUCCCCAGCCGUCUCGGUACCCCUGCGGGUUCCUUCUCCCCCAGCGGUUAUUUUCAUCCCCCCCCCUUCACCCCUCCCCACACCUUGCGUUAACUUUUUUCGCGAUAACAGUUUGCAGCAAUUCCCCACUUGCUGGCGGCCCUCCAGCACAUCCACGGAGCACGCUGCUCUCCCCGGCUAUUUUUGCCUUUUUUUUUUUCCUUUUUUUUCUUUUUUUUUUUUUUUUUUCUCUCGCCUUCCCACCCCCUCCCCGCUGUAUUUUUUCCUGCUUGCCGUGGGCUAACCUCAAGCGAAGAGGCUGGUACAGGCAAUGCUACAUCUGAUGCUAAUGGGCCUACCAGGAAGCGAAAAUCCAUUCAAGAGAGACUCUUCUUCAUUGCCUCAUCCUAUGGAGGAAUCACCACUGCCCAUCUACAUUGAGGAGGGGACAGAAGUCCCGAUUGCCAAAAAGGAGUUGAUUGCUCUUGGCAUCGGGCAAAUCUGGACCCAGAAGACCACAGAAAGCAAAAAUAUGGCAACAAAGGAAAAGCUUCAGUGCUUGAAAGAUUUCCACAAGGACAUCCUCAAACCUUCCCCCGGCAAGAGCCCGGGGACGCGGCCUGAGGAUGAGGCGGAAGGAAAGCCGCCCCAGCGGGAGAAGUGGGCGAGCAAGAUUGACUUUCUGCUGUCCGUGGCUGGUGGAUUUAUUGGUUUAGGCAAUGUCUGGCGGUUUCCGUAUCUCUGCUACAAAAAUGGCGGAGGUGCAUUUCUUAUACCUUAUUUCAUUUUCCUGUUUGGGGGAGGUCUUCCCGUGUUUUUCCUGGAGGUGGUGCUAGGACAGUAUACCUCUGAAGGUGGAAUUACAUGCUGGGAGAAGAUCUGCCCUAUAUUCACUGGAAUUGGUUAUGCUUCCAUAGUGAUUGUGUCCCUUCUGAACGUGUACUACAUCGUGAUCCUGGCCUGGGGACUCUACUACCUGUUCCAGUCGUUCCAGAGCGUCCUGCCGUGGGCACACUGCCACCAGAAGUGGAACACGCCAACCUGCGUGGAAGACACUCUCAGGAAGAACAAAACGCUCUGGAUAUCACUGAAUGCCACUAACUUCACCUCUCCUGUCACAGAGUUUUGGGAGCGGAAUGUACUGAGCUUGUCAUCGGGAAUUGAAGAUAUUGGUAUUAUCAAGUGGGAUCUAGCACUGUGUCUUCUCCUCGUCUGGGUGAUAUGUUUCUUCUGCAUUUGGAAAGGAGUCAAAUCCACUGGGAAAGUAGUGUACAUCACUGCCACGUUCCCAUUCAUCAUGCUCCUUGUUCUACUCAUCCGUGGUGUGACCCUGCCUGGAGCUGCAGAAGGCAUCAAGUUUUAUCUUUAUCCUGAUAUCUCACGGUUAGCUGACCCACAGGUCUGGAUAGAUGCAGGGACACAAAUCUUCUUCUCAUAUGCAAUCUGCUUAGGAGCAAUGACUUCCCUGGGGAGCUACAACAAGUACAAAUACAACUGCUAUAGGGACUGUUUGCUGCUGGGAUGCCUGAACAGUGGUACCAGUUUUGUGUCUGGCUUCGCAAUUUUUUCCGUCCUGGGCUUCAUGGCACAAGAGCAAGGGGUGAACAUUGCUGAUGUGGCAGAGUCAGGUCCAGGCCUGGCCUUCAUCGCCUACCCAAAAGCUGUGUCCAUGAUGCCGCUGCCCACCUUCUGGGCAAUCCUUUUUUUUAUUAUGCUUCUGUUGCUUGGACUGGAUAGCCAGUUUGUUGAAGUUGAAGGACAGAUCACGUCAUUAGUUGAUCUGCACCCAUCCUUCCUAAGGAAGGGUUACCGACGGGAAAUCUUCAUCGCUAUAGUAUGUUUCCUUAGCUAUCUUCUGGGACUAACUAUGGUGACUGAGGGUGGCAUGUAUGUUUUUCAACUCUUUGACUACUAUGCAGCUAGUGGUGUAUGCCUUUUGUGGGUUGCAUUCUUUGAAUGUAUUGCUGUAGCCUGGGUUUAUGGCGCUGAUAAUAUUUAUGAUGCCAUUGAGGAUAUGAUUGGAUACAGACCUGGUCCCUGGAUGAAAUGGAGCUGGAUUGUGAUCACACCAGUUCUUUGCGUGGGGUGCUUUAUCUUUUCUUUGGCCAAGUACAAACCACUGACCUACAACAAGGUCUACACAUACCCAGACUGGGCAAUCGGCCUGGGCUGGGUUCUUGCCCUUUCCUCCAUGAUCUGCAUCCCUAUGGUGAUGGUCAUCCGCAUCAUACAGUCAGAUGGGUCGCUCAUUGAGAGGAUAAAAGCGGUGGCUGCCCCUAAGGAAGUGAAUCGGUGGUCCAAAGAAACGGAGAGCGGCACCCCCUUCUGCCCCAAUGGAACUUCGAAUGGCGGAUUGAUCAAGCCAACUCAUAUCAUUGUGGAAACCAUGAUGUGAGCUCUCUCUGUGAGAGGAUAAACCUGCUUUAACUGCCGUUUACUAACCAUAGAUUCUCAUAGGACCAGGUUUACAGAGCUUUAUAUUUGCACUAGGAUUUAUUUUUAUUUCUCACAGAGAAAGUUAUUUUUUGUGUGUGUUUUUUUUUUAAUAUUUUGUAAGGUAAUCACAGCAGAUGUCUCUCUGUAGAGGGAGAGCUUUCAUAUCAGACUAGACAUAUUACAGGAAUUUACUAUUAUUGGGUUUUUUUAAAUAUAUAUAUCUUUAUCUCUAAAUAUUAUACACCUUACCACUUGAAUUGAUUGUCUUGCCAGCAAUAUAUUCAAGUCUCAGAAAGCAAUUUUAGGUGCUGGUAUGGUUGGGAGCAGGGUGACCUACAGAACACACAAAAGGAGCUCUGUUGAGAGAGAUGAUUAAAAAAAAAAAAAAAAAGACGCUGUUUCAAGAGAAUUUUCAAAGGUGUAGUAUUUCCACCCUCUGGUUCGAUUGUGGUAAACGACAGGCUUCAGGGUCACAUUAGGGAAAGGGUACAGUUAUGUUUAGCACAGCCCCUGAAUAAAGAUACAGCCGGGCAGCUGGAGCAGAGAGUUUGCGAGGGAGGCAGAGAGGUUGGGUGUGAAAAGCCUUGCGGCCGUCCCUCCCGAGCACGGCGCUGGGACCCUGUCACACAGAGGAGAGGAGGACUUUAGGAAGGCGUUUGCAGGAUUUGGCAUGGUUCACUUUUUUUUUUUUCCUUUUUUUCUUUUUUUCUUUUUUUUUUUUUUUUUAGUUUUUUGGAUUCUGUUUUUUUUUUUAAUUUACGUGAAAUGCCUACUGUUUGUCCGUGAGCGGGGAGGUUGAGUACCUGCUCCUGAGUUUUCCAGCAAAGCAUAUUUUAGCGUGGUGGCACUGGUGUAAGCUUGAAUUCUGCAAACGGGGAGAGGCAGCCCGUCCCUGGGGCAGCGGGGCCGGGCGCCCAGGGGCUGAGAGGGGAAGAGCAGCAGCUGCCCACAGCUCUUGGGGCUGGCGACUUGGGCUUGCUCAUUUGUUUGCCUGCUGAUCAUUGGACUUUGCUUUCGGGCAGAAAAAUAAAAGAAUCCCUUGUGGACUCUGACCAUCCAAAGGUGAACACAAACCGGGUCAUCCCCGACAGGAGGAACAAAACCGCUCACCUACACCUGAGGUAGCUGGUGGUUAUAACAGUCACCUUGUUAAUAAUAAUAGUAACGAAGAUAAUAAUAUCACUCAGCAAACAGGUGCUUUUCAUCCGUGUAUCUCAAAAAUGCUUUGACAAGUUCGAUAAACAGGAUUUGCUUUACUUAUUUAUUUGGGGGGGUGUGGGGGGGUUGGUUACUGUUGGGGGAACAGACGAAAGGAUUACUUCCCCUGUCCCGUGUUACUAAAUCGCAGCAGUGGACCUCAGGCCCCCGGUCUCCUUGCCCAUCGUUGUGUUAAACCACAAUUUUUAUAUUUUUUUUUAGGGGAAGUAGAGGGUAGCAGACAUAUUUAUGAGGCUCAUGAAUCCUAUCUGCUGAAGAAACAGGGCUUUUGGAAUUUUAAGUUGAGACAAAGGGAACACGUAACACUGAAAUGUUUGGUGUUUGGUCGGAAGGAAUUGCGUACCGUUCCAGGUUAGACUGGGGAGCGAAGAGAAACCACUACAAGGAGUGUAAGCAAUGGCGUUCCGCUUCGUGGGGGCCGGGUGGGUGUUUCCAUGGGGAAUCGCUCCCUGAAGACUGUUGACAACAUGGGCAAAAGCCUUUUUUUUUUUUUUUUUUUUUUUUUUUUUUUUUUUUCUCGUAGAAAACAACUUGAGCAGGUUGUGCUGGGAACAGGUUCUCUGGCGAAACUCAGCCUUUUCUUUUGGGCAUUGUGUUAGAGGGAGAGGGUUUUUUCUUCUUGUGAUACCACAGUUAGGCUAUUCAAAGGAAUUUAGAGGAAAUGCUUGAUAAAAGCAGAGUUUGUAUCUGCUUAUUCUGCUGUCAGCUUAGUCUGUCAGGGCAGAGUUUGUCAUUUGAACAGGAACAUAUCCAGUUCUUAACAUUCCUACACAGUAGCUUUAUUUUAUUUUUUCUUGUCCCAUGGGUUAACUGGCCGCGGCAGCACAAACACUUGUUGAUUAGCUUGUUGGUUUUCCUGUAACAGAAAAGGGGUGAUUUAAAACUAAGAGAUGGACCAAAAUAAUUUUUAAAAAAAAAAAAAAAAAAGGAAAAAGUGGCUGCAUCUAUAGCUUUCUAAAUCUUUCUAGUUUGAAUUUAUACGUAUUUUUGACAUCAGAUAGCUGAGUUGCAGCAACAAAACCAGCCACAGCAGAAUUGCUUUUGUUUUCUUUUUCUGGUUGCUGUAUUACGAGAGUUAUAAAUGAAACUUUUCCACAGCCAGAGAUGGCAAACAUUUAAUGACACCUGCUGGGCCAGUGGCAACGGCCAUCCGAAGGUCACUGGAGGAAUUCUGUGAGCCAGUGGGUGUCAUCAAAUGUGCCUAAAACAAAGAAACGUGCAUACAGCUGAUUAUUUUUUUUUAAUAGCCUUUAACCAUAAGAGGCAAGGAAAUGUAAUCAACGAUAACUCUCUUGGCAGGCUUCAGCUUGGACCCUCAUUUUUGAGUUACAGUUAGUGUCUGCAGUAAGCAGGCGCGCUUGCCUGGGUGAAGAGGGAGUAGCAGGUUGGGGGGGGGGGGGUCGCCUGAAUUAAUGGUUUCUGUGAGUGCAGAUGAAACACUGAUGCUUGGUUUAUAUUUUUUUUUUUUUUUUAAUUAUAUACAUUGUCAUACAACUGCGUUUGAGAUGUAGUUUGCACGUCACUUCCGUGCUCUAGAGCUGAGACAAGCUUUAGUUAGGGAUAAAAAUGGUUUGGCUACAUCAGAGACGUCUCCAGCGAGUCAGCUGGGUGUUCAGCCGGCUCCCACCUUGCGGAGAGCGUCUUUGCGCGGGGAACCAGAGGGUUAAUACUACACCUUUUGAAGUACAACUACUAGAGAACUAGAACCCAGCCCCAUUUCGAUAUAAACUGUGCCAUUCAAAUCAGUCGCUUCCAUGUACCAAGUGAAAGUGUCUCGCACAUAUGCAACAACCUCGUUGAAGCGUUCUCUCUGUCAACUUCUCCGGCCCCGCCGGCUCUUCAGCGUGACUGCGAGGGAGGGCUGGGGCUCGCGAAGAGCUAAGAAAUUAUUGUUUCUGGAAAACAGUUGCCCUCUUCCCUCCCCUCCAAAAAAUAUGUGCAAUUAAUUCUUCUUGUUUUAGCUGGGGUUUGAGUUCCAAUGAGCACACUCACAUUUUUACAGUUUGGGGUUUUUUUCCUGACACUUUUAUCAGAUUUCUGAAAUUUUCUUGGUGAUAAAUUUGUGUUUCAACGUGAUCCUCUGCCAAAUUUAUUAAAAAGUAACUUUUAAAAAAGUCUGUGUUUUCUACCUAUUCCUGACUGCAAAUACAACUGAUUUUGUUUUUCCUAAUUUAAUUGUUUAAACGCUUGUGACCUGUUUUACCUGUUUUAUGUAAAUGAGGAACUCAUUAAAAAUAUCAUGACUAGUCAUAGAUGAACUGGUUUGGAUCCAGGGGAAACUUAGUGCAGUUUUGGCACGAGAUCUUUAGAACCAGGUCUCUGAUUUUUAAAACCAGAACAAAACAAGACAAACGCCCCCCACCUUUUCGUAUUUCAUGUACUUUUGUAUUCAUGGGUUCUUCUGGGCUUGAAAACGGCAGAUUUUUAGCAGUAUUUAUUUCCAGCUGAACUGAAAUCAAGAGAUAACUAGAAAUGUAAAGGGGAAUAUUUACCCCACGAGGUUCUCCAGCCUGUUUCUUGUUUUUCUCAAUUUUCCAAACUUUUUCAGUUCACCUGUCACUAGUUAUGAUCUCACCGAAUGGGCAUCUAUCGUAAGGGACUUUACCAGUAGUCUGUAUUUCAGUAUUUAAACAGUAUGAUUUCAUAAAUAGAACUGGUUUUUAUUGUUGUUGUUGUUGUUGUUGUUAUUGUUCUCAUUUUCCUUCUCAUUCAUAGCUUUCCUUUUCGUCUGGUCCAAACAGAUCCACACAUUUAGAAAAGUCCUUUUUAAAAUGUGAGAUAGUAGGUCCGCAAUGGAUUUGUUCUUGUGUUGUAAAUGAAAAUACAAAAGCCUGGCGGCUGCCUUUUUGCCAUCUGGAAGAACACUGGUGGUCACCCUGCAGCAGCAGUGCAGCUCCUGGAGCGGAGGGGAGUUAGGAAUGGUCUGCUGAAACAGCUCAGCAAAACUGUUUUUCGCUGCUGUUCUUGGGGAGAGGAGGAAAAAAGGAAAAAUUUUUAAAAAAAAACAACAACAAGGGUGCAGCCUUAUGGUUGCUGUAACACAAAAAAACCCCCACCCCAACAACUAUCACCAUCAACGUAGCAUCUUCUGCAGAUGUUUUCGGUCCUGUGCGCAUCCUCCUUUCUCGACUGCAGAUACUCCUGGUUCCUCUUCUCUGUCUCAGCAUUAGACAAGUCGAGUAGAUCUGAAGACACAUGGACAUUUCCAUUCGAAAGGCCUUGUACAAGUCUCCUCCCAGCCUGCUUGUAUUUGCUAAGGAGACCUACAGUUUUGGUGAGGUUGGGCUUGUCACACUUGGGUUCAAAGCUCCCACUUGUUGCAUCAGUGGCGAAACUCCAUCUGUGGGAGAAGGAUUUGAACGUUUUUGAGUAACUGAUUAUGAGCUUCCACGUCUUGUGGUCACUGCAGGAUCACUCAUGGAGGCAUAAUGUAUAUAAAAUGUUAAUAAGCUGUGUAUUGAAUGGAGUGGACAAGUUAGUUAAGCAGCUCAAGUACACUUGGAAGAAAGAUGACCUUGACAUCAUUUCCAGGAGAUUCAAUGGAAGUUGCUCACUUUCAGUAGGAAAAAAAAAAACCCUACCUGUGGUUAAAUAGACUAGUAGAUGAACUCUUUCACCCUCGUAUGCAUGCACACAAUAUUGUGGGGACAUUGCUUUUAUUCCUCGGCUGCAAAUCGUGUAUGUAAGUCCUAUGGUGCUGUUUAGGAUGAGGAGUGAGAAGGCCAGUCCUAAAUUGGGGGUGGUGAAAGAGGGAAAGUAAUGACAAAAUCCUGGACUGUGGCCCCUCCAAGGAAGCCUUGAGGUUGGACUUGAAAACUCUCCUGGCUCCUUGUAGGCGCCACAUGGCUCCUGGUAUGGGAGGCUGGGUGUGGUGUGGCUUCAGGUAGCUGCCUUGGACUUGUUUUCUCCAAAAUCAGCAUCCAAAGCCUUGUGGUUGGGAUUGACAUGUAGUUGUGUAUUUGUGUAUUUGCAUGAGCCAAGGUCAGGAACGGUCAGACCCUUGUAGCUCUUGUAAAUCAAAGAUAAACUUAACGAAAAAAGUAUUCGGUUGAUUUGGUGACAUAUGAAGCCCAAAAAAACCCCCAUGAACCGGUGCAAGAAAGGCUCCCCGAGCUCCACACUUUGGUCACAAACAUUUUCUGUCGGUAUCAAUGGCCAAUUUGAGUUUACAAGAAAGUUUGAUCAAGCAAGAGUUGUGUAUAACCAGCAUUGGCCCCAGCUGGAAAAACUGCCCGGUCCGGCCCUGCACCCUCCACCGGAUCAUGGCUCUUUCUGCCAGCCCAAAAUAAACCUGUACACGGAUGAUGCCUCUCCGCUUUAAAAAAUAAAUAAAAUCUGAAUUUGUUUGUUUCUAUUAAAAAAUAAACAGAAACGGUCCAUUUUUGCGUGUUUCUUUCCAGUUGUCAUUGCGAAAUGGUGAUUUUUAAUUUACACGAGCAGAAAAAGCUUCGGACGCCAUUUGACCAAAAAAAAAAAAAAAAAAAAAAAGGCAAGCUUGAAAUUUUGCAGAUUGAAAGCCUUAAGAAAACUAAUCGCCCCCAUCCCCAUCGAAGGUGGAAAACUUUAGUGAGAGGGCUUGCAACUGGAAAAGUGCCAACAGCCUUGCUGGACCGUUGAAUGGUAGCGCAGACGUGUCCUUUUUGUAUCCCUGCGGCGUCUUAAUUUGAAAUAAUCAGUAACUGUGUCAGAAUUGAAUUGCCGCGAGCUUUACACAGCUCCGAGCUCUAGGAGCAAAGCAAAUAGAAGACAUUUUUAGAAAGGAGCGAGUUUCUGGAAGCUUCCUCCCUGGGGCUUGGGCUCGGAGGCGCGCAGCAGGACAGUGCUGCUCGCGGUCCCAUUUGCAGCACAGGGAGAAUGUGGCCCGACUUGAAAAAGCGAAAGAAAUAAUGGGGAAAAAUAGAGUUUUAAAAAAAAAGUGAAACUUGAUUAUGCUAAGGAACUACACAUGUGUGCUUUUGUGUGCCUGCAUAUGUGGGGGAAGGCUUUGGUCCUGUAGCGUAGUACAUGUUAGCAUGCUACAUAUUUUUUUCUAAAUCUAUCUGUUUCUGCAGUUGAGAUGUUAAAAAGAUUUGAAAAAUUUUUUUUCUCAAUAUCUAAAGAAAAAUAAAAAAAAAAAGAGAGAACAGUGGCAAAAUCAUGCUGAGAGGCUGGAAAAAAAAAAAAAAAAAUCCUGAGGGGGCAAAUUGAGUUUGAUUGUCAUCUGCUCCUGUCCUGGAAGCCAGCGAUGGCCUCUCAGCAUUGCAGCAUCCCAGUACUGUUCUGAAGUGCUCGUCGUUCAAUAGGGUGUUGUUUUUUCUCCAGUGUAAUGUUGUGAUUGUUACCUGAUAACGUUGCCAGGGACUUCACGGUAUAAGAGGUGGUCCAUCUUGUUUGAUGUAUUUGGCUAAAAAACAGUGGUGGUUUUUUUUUAUUAUUAUUAUUUAAAUUCCUAGCAACUGUGACUACAGUAACGUGAUGAGUAGCACAUACAGCAAGGAGGCGGCGUCGACAACGGCCUCCUUAAAAAUGUCAUCUGAACUUUUUUUAAAAAAAAGAACCGUAAAAAUAUUUUUAAAACAUUUUAAAACAUUUUUUGUGUGUUCCAAAAACGGAAUAUUUGUAUUUGGAAAAAAAAAAAAUAUCCUGGAGUGUAAUUUAAUCCUAAAAACCCUAGCCUUUGUGUAUAUGGUAAAUGUUUGUAUUUUGCAGUUUCUGUUUUGCUUUUUAGAUAAAUAAAAUGUAUAUGGAUAUUUUUAAGUCAUCUUUGCUUUUUUAGAUGAGUUUGUAAUCACCUUAUAACUGAAAAUAAAACUUUCCUUUAUAAACCAG